AGGUAUGCAGGUGUGAGAACGGCGGAACCUGCGAGGCUGUGAACGGAGACUGCAUUUGCCCCCCGGGCGUCUCUGGCAAGUUCUGUGAAGACGGCUGCCCUGCUGGUUAUUACGGCGAAAAGUGCGACGGCGAUGCCCCAUGAUGUGCCCCUCGAUGCGUUGCAACAGGGUCUUUGGCUUCUGCGAGUGCAAUCCAGGUCGCUUCGGGCCCAAGUGCAACAUGCCGUGCCCUGCGAUGACCUGGGGUGCCAACUGCCGCCACCCUUGCAAGUGCCAAUUGCAGAACACCGCGCGCUGCCAUCCCGAGAGCGGCGUGUGUGAGUGCCAGCCCGGCUUCGUGGGCGCCGACUGCUCCGAGGAGUGUCCGGCCGGGCGUUGGGGCGCAGGAUGCAACCACGAGUGCCAGUGUGCCGACGGUGUCACGUGCCGACCCGACACCGGUGCCUGUGUCGUCGACUGCCCGCCUGGCUUCCGGGGACCUGGUUGCAAUACGAGUUGCGACUCUGGACACUACGGCCCGGGUUGCAUGAAAGUGUGCACGUGCGGAAUGCUGCCAUGCGACCCUGUCUCCGGCACUUGCUUGUGUCCAGCUGGCACUUACGGCCCCUCUUGUCUUCACCAUUGUUCUGAGGGCCAGUGGGGACAGAGCUGCCUUCAGAAGUGCCAGUGCCAGAAUGGGGGGAAGUGCAACAGAGUGACAGGCGAAUGCAACUGCCCAUUAGGAUACACGGGCCCUACUUGCGAAGCUCAGUGCCCGCCUGGAAGGUUCGGCAAAGACUGCAGUGAGACCUGUAGCUGCCUCAACGGUGCCGCGUGUCACCAUGUCAGUGGGAGGUGCGAGUGCGCCUCGGGCUUCACGGGGCAGCGGUGCGGACAGCCGUGCCCGCUGGGGCGCUUCGGGCCGGACUGCGUGCACAUGUGCGACUGCGACAACAGCGGCGGCUGCGACCGCGUCAGCGGCGAGUGCAACUGCGCCCCCGGAUGGCGAGGACCGCACUGCACGCUGCCCUGCCCUGAUGGAACGUACGGGUCUGGAUGUGCCAUGAACUGCAGCUGCGCCAACGGUGCCAAGUGUGAUCACAUAUCUGGCGCCUGCAUGUGCACACCAGGCUGGCGCGGAACUUUCUGCUCGCGGCCUUGUCCCGACGGCUUCUGGGGCCAGGACUGCCGCUCCCACUGCGGCUGCAGCGCGGGUGCGACCUGCGACCCUACUACUGGCGCGUGUGUCUGUCCACCGGGCAAACAUGGCCAGUACUGUUCUAAAACAUGCCCCGUGGACCGAUGGGGCAGCGACUGCCAGCACGUAUGCCUUUGCCACAACGGAGGGACAUGCGACCGCGUAUCCGGCGCCUGCGUUUGCCCCGCGGGCUACACCGGCGCCACGUGUCAGGACAGAUGCCCCAAGGGAAGCUACGGCACGAAUUGCCAGCACACAUGUCUGUGCCAGCAUGGUGCCACGUGUCAGCAUGAUACUGGUGCCUGCGUGUGUCCCCCUGGGUUUAGCGGCACUUACUGCGAGACUGGCUGCGAGGACAACCGGUUCGGGCCUGGCUGCGUGCUGGAGUGCGAGUGCCAGAACGGAGGCAAGUGCGACCCGGCAACUGGAGCGUGUCAGUGCCCCCCGGGCUGGCGCGGCAACAUGUGUCAAAAGCCCUGUCAGCGAGCAUUCUGGGGUGAAGGCUGUGAGCAUGUGUGUGACUGCGAACACGGGGCACAGUGUCACCACAUCACAGGGAAGUGCCAGUGUCCUCCUGGAUACAUCGGCGACAAGUGCCAUAUCAUCUGCCCCGCCGGCUUCUUCGGCGAGGAAUGCAACCAGCGAUGCGCGUGCGAGGACGGCGAGCCAUGCGACCACAUGACUGGUGCCUGCUCUUGCUCACCAGGUCGACGGGGGUCACAGUGCCAUGAGUACUGUCCUGAGGGCCAGUGGGGCGAGCAGUGUCAGCAGAGGUGCGAGUGCGAGGGGUCGUCCCUCUGCGACCCGGUCACCGGCGACUGCUUCUGUCCCGCGGGGCUGCGGGGCCGCAAGUGCCGCCGGGGAUGCCCUCGCGGCUACUACGGCGUCGACUGCGAACAAAAAUGCAAGUGCGCGGACGGCAGCGCCUGUGACCCCGUGAGCGGACAGUGCCAGUGUCGCCCAGGGUUCUUCGGGCCAACGUGCUCGCUGCCCUGUCCGGCUGGCACCUACGGCCCCAACUGCAAUACGACGUGUAACUGCGAGCACGGCGGCGUCUGCGGCAGGAACGGCGAGUGUCGGUGUCCCGCAGGGUACAGAGGACCUCUGUGUGAAGAGCGGUGCCCGAGCAACACGUGGGGCUUCAACUGCGCCUUCGAUUGCAAGUGCAGCAACGGCGCCAUCUGCCACCCGGCCACGGGCGAGUGCCAGUGCGGCCUCGGGUGGACCGGGCAGCACUGCGCCGAGGCGUGCGGCCCGGGCCGCUACGGGCCGGACUGCAAGCUGGACUGCGCCUGCCACCACAACGCCUCCUGCGACCGCUUCUCCGGCUGCUGCGACUGCGGGCCAGGCCGCUACGGACGCUUCUGCGAACUAGAAUGUCCAGCUGGCUUCUACGGCCUCUACUGCAGUAGCGUCUGCGAGUGCGAGAACAACGCCAGCUGCGACCCCCACACCGGCCAGUGCCGCUGCCCCCCGGGCUUCACCGGCGGCACCUGCGCCGACGCCUGUCCCGCGGGAACGUUCGGCGCACAGUGCAGACAAACGUGUGAGUGUGGAGAGUAUCCCUGUGAUAAGGUCAGCGGAGAGUGCCAAUGUCCUCCUGGCACCCAUGGGGAUAAUUGUGCCAAAGCUUGCGGUCUUGGAAGGUAUGGCCCUGGAUGCAAGCAGGUGUGCGAGUGCCACAACGGGGGCAGCUGCCACCCUGAAACGGGGCACUGCACCUGCACUCCAACUUGGCUGGGACCCACGUGCCAAGAAAAGGACGUUUCAUUCAUCACCACAAGUGAUCAACGCGGUCGAGCAGACAUCCCUGUGGAACUAAGCUGAGUUUAGAAAUAUGAAAAGAAUUACUUAUAAAAAAAAAAAAAAACACUAAUAAUAACACGACAGCAAAUGAUGGGUUUCGAGAAUUCAAGAAUGAGAGGAAAAUACAGUACCUCAAAACAGGUCAGAAUGAUCACUUUAUUUGAUCGUUCGUUUCACUGAAAUGAUUUCUGCGGCAGUGAAUCCUGUACUCCCAAUAUCCGUAUUAAGUUAUAACCACUGUUUAUUUCUCCAAGUCCUACCAUAAACCCCAAGAUCAAGACAUUCUUUAUUAUUUCCGGGUUGUAUACAGAAGAUAUUUACAGGAUAUAAAUAUCAAAUAUUACGCCGUCAUUGUUGUAAUAACUGAUUUUAAUUGCUAAGGUUGUAUAAAAUGCUGAAGCUAUUUUAUGUAUGUAACUACCUGUAGAAGCUUUGUAAUCGGUUGCUUAAGUUAAGCCAUUUAAUCCGCGCCUUUGUGUAAGUGUGUGUGUGUUCGUGUAAACCAAUGAGAAUGCAGAAGAUUUUACGCUUGCUACAAAUUAUCAACAGUUUAACGAAGUCUAAUUACAGAUGCUCAGAAUGUGGUGAUACGAGAAUUGCAUAAUCAGGAUUUGCAUAAUCUUUACAUAUCAGAUAAAAGGAAAAUACUCUUUAUCGCUAAAUCCUUUAUCAUUUCAGUUGGCAAAUGAUAGUUUUAGAUAGGCAUUACUCAGACUUCCUUAAUCUUAUAAUAUUUCCCGCACGGCUGAUAUUUCGUUGUUUAAUAAAAGUGAUAACGAUUCGGGCAAGUUAGUAAAUUAUUAUUUUUAUAUGAGAACCUUAAAAUUGAUUCUACCCUCCAAAUAUAAUAUUUCUACAUUCUUCCCGUUGCUGUAUCUUUGCCUGCCUUUAAUAAAUGUAUUAUAAUGUGUU